GGUCGCAUCUUCAUUCAACAUCGCGACGGUUUUCGACCUUUUUCCACAGAUAUCCUGCACCAAAAAAGAUCACCAUGUCGAUUAUGGAGUAUAACGGUUCGGCCAUAAUGGCCAUGAAGGGCAAAAACUGUGUGGCGAUCGCGGCAGACCGCCGAUUCGGUGUGCAGUUGAUGACGCUUUCGACAGACUUUCAAAAGAUUUUUCCUGUAACGGAAAAAGUCUACCUUGGACUUCCUGGCCUAGCCACCGAUGUGCAGACCUUAGCUGAGCGCUUUAGAUUCAAGGUUAAUAUGUACAAAUUACGUGAAGAAAGAGAUAUCAGUCCAAAAACUUUUGCGCAUAUGGUCUCCUCCACACUGUAUGAGCGAAGAUUUGGUCCAUUCUUCUGCGAACCCGUCAUUGCUGGACUAGAAAAGGAUGGGACACCCUUUAUCUGCUCCAUGGACCUCCUUGGUUGUAUAAACCACGCGAAAGACUUUGUCGUGAGUGGAACGGCGUCGAAUCAGAUGUACGGAACAGCGGAGGGACUAUGGGAGCCGGAAUUGGAGCCAGAGGACCUUUUCGAAACCAUAUCUCAGGCCAUGCUGAGUGCUGUAGAUCGUGACGCCUCGAGCGGAUGGGGGGUUAUCGUUCAUGUUAUCACACCAGAGAAGGUUAUUACGCGAACCUUGAAGGCGCGCAUGGAUUAGAUGCGGUCAAAGUGACAAUACAAAACCGGUGCUACUUGUACGCAUUUUGUGCAAUUUUCGAUUUCUAAUAUAGGUUAUUGAGCUUGGAACA